AUGGAGAACAGAACCAAGGUGACAGAGUUCAUCCUCGUGGGAUUCACAGAUGUUCGUUGGUUGCAGAUCCUGCUCUUCUUCUCACUUCUCCUUAUCUAUCUCUUGAUCGUAUUGGGAAAUGUUGUCAUCAUCUCUCUCACCCUGCUGGACCGGCACCUCCAGACCCCCAUGUAUUUUCUCCUUAGGAACUUCUCCCUCUUGGAGAUCGGCUUCACCUCUGCUACCAUCCCGAUGGUUUUGUUCAAUCUGGCAUCAGGCACCAAGUUGAUAUCUGCAGCUGGAUGUCUUGCCCAAUUCUUUUUCUAUGUUAUUUUAGGCACUGCUGAGUUUUUCAUGCUGGCAUCCAUGUCCUUUGACAGGUUUGUGGCCAUCUGUAAGCCACUGCAUUAUGCUUCCAUCAUGAACAACCAGUUGUGCAGCUGGUUGGUGCUGUCCUGUUGGGCAGUCAGCUUUCUAUACAAUGUUGUUCCCUUCAUUUUCUUUUUUCAGUUGCCCCUAUGUGGGCCAUAUGUUAUUAAUCAUUUCUUCUGUGACAGUGGGCCAGUCAUUAAAUUAGCCUGUACAGACACCCAGUACCUAGAAUUUGUGGAUUUCAUUUUGGCCACAGGCAGCGUCCUGGGCACUUUCAUCCUCACCAUCAUCUCCUACAUCAAUAUCUUAUCCACCAUUCUGCACAUCCCCUCUGCCUUAGGAAGGCAGAAAGCUUUCUCCACCUGUGUCUCCCAUCUCACUGUGGUCUCCAUCACCUAUGGCAGCUGCAUCUUCAUGUACAUCAAGCCAACAGGGAGCAGUGGGGUGGACCUUGGUAAGUCUGUGGCUCUUCUGAACAAUGUCGUGUCCCCCCUCCUGAACCCCUUCAUCUACAGCCUGAGGAACACACAGGUGAAGAAAGCCUUCCUUGACUACACCAAAGAACUGUUGUCAUUCAGUGGUUCUUUGAAGUUAAUAUCACAGAUUGUCUUGAUAUAA